AUGGUCCAUGUGCUGCUCGUCACAUUUCCAGCUCAAGGCCAUAUUAAUCCAUCGCUCCAGUUUGCGAAGCGCCUCUCAAAACUUGGCGUUAAGGUCACCUUCUUAACCAGCCUAUCCGCCAUACGCCGCAUGACCACAACUUCUUUAACAGUUGAUGGCCUAAUCGACAUCGUUUCCUUUACCGAUGGUUAUGAAAAUGGCUGGUCAACUGAUGAUGCUCAAAACUUAAUCUCUGCACUCGAAAAUCACGGCAGCAAGGCAGUGGAAGACGCUAUUCGGGCAAAACGGGAAGAAGGGAAUCCUUUUACUCGUGUAAUCUACAGUCUUCUUGUCCCUUGGGCUGGUCAAGUGGCUUCCCAUCUUCAAAUUCCAGGCCCCGUGACAUAUGAUAUCACAAAGUAUGGUGCGAAAUCUGGUGGAGAUAUCAGUCAGGAGUCAGCCCCUGGAGAUAGCCCAAACACUGAUGGUAUCCAUCUGGGUCGUGACACGAUGAUCAAUAUCAAAGAUUCCAUCAUAAAAACAGGAGAUGAUUGUGUCUCAAUUGGAGACGAGAGCAAAGAAAUUCACAUCCAGAAUGUAACUUGUGGUCCAGGACACGGUAUUAGCGUUGGAAGCCUUGGUGGGUAUGCAGAAGAAAAGGAUGUGCAAGGGAUAUAUGUGACAAAUUGCACCUUUAUUGGCACAACAAAUGGCGUCAGGGUGAAGACAUGGCCCUCUGCCCCAGCAACGUUGACUGUCAGUGAUUUGCAUUUUGAAGAUUUAAUCAUGGAUAAUGUUAGCAGUCCCAUUAUCAUUGAUCAAGAAUAUUGUCCACACAAUCUUUGCAAAAAAGAUAGACCAUCAUCUAUCAAGAUCACUAACGUCAGCAUUAAGAACGUACGGGGCACGACAAAUACUGCAGAGGCGGUGACGUUUAUUUGCAGUGGUCUUAAGCCAUGCGAGAAUGUAGAGGUGGGUGACAUUGAUCUUACAUAUAAUGGAAAUCAAGGUCCUAUCACCACCAAAUGUGCCAAUGUCAAACCCAAAUUUGUCGGCAAGCAGAAUCCACCAGUGUGUGCCACUACUGCCCAGUCUGCUUAAUCAGUUUCUUUCACAUCAAUUUCAUAUACUUUUUAGUUGAGAAUAAAAUUUUUGUUUCAAUUAGCCUCUUGAAGACUAACUACAAUUUAUUGGGAGUUUAGCUCAUAAGAGAAGUGACCCACUUUUAUUUUCCCCUGACUUGAUGAACAAUGUAAAAAUAAAAUUGGAGCACUUCCUAAACCUGUGAGUUCUUUUAGAUGACAACUUUGCUAUUAAGUAAAUUAUUGAUGUACGUUAAGUAUUCGUGUGACUAAUUGUAAAUCAUAUUUAAAAUUUUUCAACUA